GGCAAUUCCAUUUGUCCUUAAUCAAGAGCCUCCGUUAAUUAUAUCAAUUUAUUUGAUUGUGUCUUUCCGCUCACACCUAUUUAUGUCUAAAAUAGAUGCAUCGUACGGCGUUUGAGUGAAGGUUUACGUUACACAUCGGAGUGGCGAUUGUUCCAUUUUUCUGUAGUCGACAUGAAUGGACUGCGCGGAGAUGUGAAUCCCAUUGAUUAAUCUUCACCAGGAUCCCCUCCGACCACAGAAAACAAUCUUCAACGACUGUAGGGGGGGAUCUACGUUGACAAGAAUUAGGAUACUUGUGAAAUAAGAUCCGUAUCUCGGCCCAUGGUGAGCGUCGUUGUGAUAAACCGCGGGCCGGAGGCUCGGUUCGGCUCCACCGUCGGCUGUCGGAGCGGUUCGGCUCUCUACCGUCGGCUGUAAAAGUGCUCCGUCCGGCUAGCUCCAGCUUCCUGUUGUUAGCCUGGUGAGCUAAGACGCUCGGAAGGGACUCGGGUCUGUGGAGCCUCGACCAUCUGAAGGAAAGGAGGUGGGUGACGGGACACCGAACUGUCAUUAGGAAUAACAUCUGUCCGUCCACCGCCCUCGUCCCGGCCGCCCCCGCCCGUCUCCGCCAUGGACCCCCCGAGGACUCGGUCGCGUUCACGUUCUGGCUUUUAUCAUUUCGGCAUGAACAGCAGCGGCGCAACAAAUGGCAACAACACGAACACGGUCGGUAACGGAGCCGUGAUGAUCAACGCCGGCGGAGGGGGGAACUACUCGCAGCAGAGCAACAACCCCGGCUGGGCGACGCACCACGGGGGACGCGUCUACCCGGAGAGCCAGCAGCAAACCCCGGGGAGCUACCUGGGGCCGGGGCCACAGAGGCACUCUUCCAACGGAGCUCACAGACACCAAGGCGCUGGGGGAGUGCUCCACUUCCACCCAGAGAACAUGUGCAGUGAGGACCGCGACAAGAUGGAGGACAGCCCGAGCCCCAAACGCCCGCGUCUGUCCCAGCAGUCCAUGUUGGACCUAAGCACCACCCCCCCCUCCAAUCCCUCCUCUCCCAUUCGUCCUUGGGAGCUCCCGCCCAGCCGCCGGCCACACCCUCACUACAUGCCUGAGAGGUGCCACACACCUGUUCGCAAUCGCCGCAGUCCUCCAAUGAGACGGCAGCGUGGUCGCAGGGACCGCCUCGCCCGCCACCACCACCACCACCACCACCACCACCACCACCACCCGCACAACCCCCACCCCCACCCCCCCCAUCACCACUACAACAACAACAACAACGGCGGCGGUGGCGGCAGCAGCAACAACAACAGCAACCACCACCUCCUACCGCACCACCAGCACAGCCUCCACCCCCACCCCCACCACGGCCCGUCGGUCGGCCACCAGGACGAGAACUACCGGCUCCCAGCCCCCCCGCCCAGCUACGCCCCGCCCUACAGCCAGACCCCCCGGGAGGAGCGGCCUGGCUACCACCCCCCCAACCUGUCCCCGCGGCCCCUCCACCACUCCCCCACCCUGUCCCCCCGCCUGCUGCACCACCCCCACCACCACUCCCCCACCCUGUCCCCCCGCCUGCUGCACCACCCCCACCACGGCCAGCAGAGCAGCAUGGUGCUGGACCUCCAUGAGCAGGGUUCUCCUCCGGUGUCAUACCCCAUGUCUCCACCGGGGGCGCCGCCGGGCCUGCCCCCCCGCUCCGCCCCCCAGCAGCUGCCAGCGUGUUCGGUGGUCUUCAGCGGACAGCACUACCCGGUCUGCAACAUCCCCCCUCCUCCGUCUGUCUCACUGUCUCCUGUCUGUCACUCUGUCUCUCUCUCUGUUUCCCCCUCUCCUGUCUGUCUCCCCCCCUCCCGUCUGUCUCUCUUUUCCCUGUCUCACCCCCAGGUCCUUCAGACCUGCUCGGUGCAGCACCUCCCCGUGCCCUACCCCUUCCCCUCGCUGCUCUCCAGCGACCCGGCCUUCCUCCUCCCCUCUCCCCACCUCCAGCACCCCCCGACCCACCACCACCACCACCACCUCUCCCACCACCCCCCCCACCUCGCCCAGCCCGCCCAGUUCGGACCCUACCCCACCCAGCAGGCACGCUCGCCGUUGCAGCGGAUCGAGAACGAGGUGGAGUUGCUGGGCGACCACCUGUCCCUGGGGGCGGGGCUCCACUACUCCUCGCCGCCCCACCCCGCCCUCGCCGCGCAUUCCGCCCAGCUCCACUUCCUGUCCCACGACCCGCUGCCGCAGGAGUUCUUCGGCGUGUCGUAUCCAAACUUCAUGCCCCGGCGGAUCCAGGGCCGACGGUACCGCUCCCAGCAGCCACUGCCGCCCUCGCCUUACCACCCCAGCUUCCUGCCUUACUUCCUGUCCAUGCUGCCCGUCCAGACCACCGGCCCGGCCAUCAGCCUGGAGCUCGACGUGGACGACGGGGAGGUGGAAAACUAUGAGGCCCUGCUGAACCUCGCUGAGCGGCUGGGCGAGGCCAAGCUGCGGGGCCUGACCAAGGGGGACAUCGAGCAGCUGCCGUCCUACAGGUUCAACCCCAACAACCAGCAGUCUGAGCAGACGCUGUGUGUGGUGUGUAUGAGUGACUUUGAGUCUCGCCAGCUGCUCCGGGUCCUGCCCUGCAGCCACGAGUUCCACGGCAAGUGUGUCGACAAGUGGCUCCGGGCCAACAGGACGUGCCCCAUCUGCCGUGCCGACGCCUCGGAGGUGCAGCGUGACUCUGAGUGACCACCAGGGGGAGACUGACACUGUUACUGUCCGUCGCAUUUCAUCACUGCCCCAGUGAUCUCCCUCGCUGUCUCCCCCCCGCAGAACCAACCCCCUACAUGUUACAAGCACGUGCACAUAAAGCCCCCACCCCCCAAGCACUUUUUUUACUUUUGCCCAGUUUCCUCUCACCGUUUAAAUCCCUCUUCCUGCCAUUCAUUUGGUUUUGGUAGGUGUCCAUUUCUUAAUUCUUUCCGAUUGUUUUGCCUUUCUAUCUCUUGCCCGCACAUCUCCCCUCAGCACUGAAUGUUCCCCGUCUGUCCGCUCCAACCUCUGACAUAGACAUGUCUGUCAAACCUCUGACAGACAUCUGUCUGUCAAACCUCUGGCACAGACUGGCAAAAGGUUAUGCUGCAGUGUGCACGCGUGUUUUUCUCUUUGUGUAUGUGAGACAGCGCAGGCAGUUCUUUGUGUGUGUGCGUGUGUGAGCUUUAGAGCUGAUUGGUUGUUUCUACGAUGUGUAUGACCAGAGUAACGACUUAUGAGAGUUUUUUUUCCCCCUCUCGUGUGUGUGUGUGUGUGUGUGUGUGUGUGUGUGUGUGUGUGUGUGUGUGUGUGUGUGUGUGUGUGUGUGUGUGUGUGUGUGUGUGUGUGUGUGUGUGUGUGUGUGUGUGUGUGUGUGUGUGUGUGUGUGUGAGACUCCUUUUCUCUAGCUUGAUACUUAGGGUCCAUACUGCCUCUGGAAUGCAUGAUUAAUCAGUUUGUUUUAUUAGGGCUUUUGAUAUUAUUAAAUAUUGUGAGUGAUUUUUUUUUUUCUGACUGGCAGUUACUUCAUCCUCAUUCCGUUUCUUUUCAUGUUUCACUAUUCUCUAAAGUUUUGUGCAUUAUACAUUUUCCCUUUUCUUUGGCUGUCCUAUCAAAGAUGAGUUUGUCUGACUGCGGUGGCACGUGUGUAUGUAUGUAUGUGUAUAUGUAUAAAAUUAUGAAUAUCUGUAUACCAAAAAAUAAAAGGCUUGAUACAAA